AGAGAGGCAGGCAGCUGUCAUCCUGUCACUGCCAGCCGGCUGGCCGGGCAUUUGCUACUCUUCCGUUUUUUAUUCUUUGCAAGAAUGAUCAGCUCACCUCCUGCUUCCAUCUGCGAGUAAGAAGAGCAAGAGGAUUUCUAGGGGCUGAUGGAAAUCUUUCACGACGCCUUACGACCUGGAGAUGCCAGAGGCUGAACCCAGAAACCUUCUGCAGAUCAAACAUGUAUUUUGCCAGCAAAUAUCCCAUCAUAUCAUAGGAGAGGUUGGGUGACCCUCCGGGGCUGAAUCCUCGGCUAGGGGGUGCCCCAGAUCUCCUCCUUCCCCCAUUCUCUGUAUCUCUACCUCACUCUGGGACGGACGGAAGAUGCGUGCUUGGAAGGCCUUGGCCGGCACGCUGGCCUUUAUGGGCGUGGAUGUUACGGUGACCACACUACUCUACGAGCGUAGCCAUGGCAACAGCAGCAUCCUCCAGGACCUCAAGCACUUCAACAUCUUCGAUUCCAUGUUGGACAUCUGGGGGGCCUGCCUGUACCGGAGCUGCCUGCUUUUGGGCGCAGCCAUCGGAGUAGCCAAAAACACCAACUACGGCCCCAAGCGGUUGAAAAGGUCCCGGAUCUUUAUCACCCUGGUCUGCCUGGCGGUGGGGAUUUACGCCCUCGUCAAGCUGCUGCUCUACGCGGAGGUGAGGAAGACCAUCAAAGACCCUUGGUUCUGGAGUCUCUUUGCCUGGACGUACCUCUCCCUGGCAGCCACCUAUGGUUUGUGGCAGCUCCUGGCCUCCGUGAGACCCUCCAGGGAGACCUUGGGAGUGAAUUCCGAGUCCAGGACGGAAGCAGAGGAAAUUGGGGACCCAGUUUCGUCUCCCGGUGCUCAGGAAAAGAAAGAGGAGGCGUCGGCAGCCACCAUUUGCAAGCUCUUGUCCUACACGAAACCAGAUGCUCACUUUCUAGCCAUAGCCUUUUUCUUCCUCAUCCUUGCUGCUUUAGGAGAGACCUUCCUUCCAUACUACACAGGCCGGGCCAUUGACGGAAUAGUAAUACAGAAGAGCAUGGAGCAGUUUUCCAUGGCAGUGGUGAUGAUGGCUAUGCUAGCCAUAGGAAGCUCAUUUGCCGCAGGUAUCCGGGGCGGCCUCUUCACCCUAGUUUUCGCUAGGCUGAACAUCCGGCUUCGCAACACGCUGUUCCGAUCGCUGGUCUCCCAGGAAAUGAGUUUCUUCGACGAAAAUCUUACCGGUGACAUUAUUUCCCGGCUCACGUCGGACACGACGAUUGUGAGCGACCUGGUUUCCCAGAACAUCAACAUCUUCCUGCGCAACAUGGUCAAGGCCACCGGCAUCAUCGUUUUUAUGUUCAGCCUUUCAUGGAAGCUUUCCUUGGUGACCUUCAUGGGCUUCCCCAUCAUCAUGCUCAUGUCAGACCUUUAUGGGAAAUACUACAAGAAGCUCUCCAAGGAGGUUCAGAGCGCUCUGGCAAAAGCCAACAACACAGCCGAGGAGACCAUCUCAGCCAUGAAGACGGUCCGCAGCUUCGCCAACGAGGCCGUGGAGGCCAAUGUUUAUUGGGAGAAGCUGCAGCAGGUCUACAAGCUCAACAAGAAAGAAGCCAUGGCCUACACUUACUACGUGUGGUCCAACGGGCUGACGCUCCUUAUUGUCCAAGUCAGCAUCCUGUACUAUGGAGGCCACCUGGUGAUCUCUGACCAGAUGACCAGCGGAAACUUGAUCUCCUUCAUUAUUUACGAAUUCGUUCUGGGAGACUGCAUGGAGUCCAUCGGCUCCGUCUACAGUGGACUGAUGCAGGGUGUUGGCGCCGCUGAGAAAGUCUUUGAGUUCAUAGACCGGGAGCCAACCAUGGUGAGCGAUGGGACCCUGGCCCCCAGCCAGCUGGAAGGCAAAGUGGAGUUCCGGAACGUGACCUUUGCCUAUCGCACCCGGCCUGCAACCCAAGUCUUACAGAAUGUCUCCUUCACCCUCCCUCCUGGGAAAGUGACGGCUUUGGUGGGGCCCUCGGGCAGCGGAAAGAGCUCUUGCGUCAGCAUUAUCGAGAACUUCUACCCGCUCCAAGAUGGACAAGUCCUGCUGGAUGGCCAGCCUAUUAACAUGUACGAGCACAAAUACCUGCACUCAGUGAUUUCUUUGGUGAGCCAAGAGCCGGUGCUGUUUGCCCGAUCUAUUGCAGAAAACAUCUCGUACGGCUUGUCCUCUGCCCCAUACGAGUCGGUGGUUCAAGCUGCCCAAAAGGCUAACGCUCAUGUGUUUAUUACAGAACUGCAAGAUGGCUACCACACAGAAGCUGGCGAAAAAGGAACCCAACUUUCUGGUGGUCAGAAGCAGAGGGUGGCGAUCGCGAGAGCUUUAAUCAGAAAUCCCCCCGUCCUGAUUCUUGAUGAAGCCACGAGUGCCCUGGAUGCGGAGAGCGAGCAUGCGAUUCAAAGAGCCAUUUACGAGGAUGUCCAGAACCACACGGUGCUUGUUAUAGCCCACAGGCUAAGCACUGUGGAGAAGGCGCACAAUAUCAUUGUUCUCGACAAGGGCUGUGUGGUACAGCAAGGGACGCACAAGCAGCUGAUGGAAGAAGGAGGCCUUUAUGCCCGGCUGGUGCAAAGACAGAUCCUGAGCCAUGAAACCGGUACAGGGGACAGCUGUCAGUUGGAUGGCAGCUUGGCGGGCAACAGGAGAGAGUCUCCAAAAACAGGAGUGGCUUAAGAGCUCAGGGCGGGGGGCAUCACGUCACACAAGCUGUGCUUGACAAUUUUGAACAGGACCGCCCUGCUGAAUUCGGCGGUGAAAGUGCGAAGGAGUCAUGCUGAAAUUUGAAAGGAAGGAUUCUCCUCUCUAGCAUAGCUUCACCAACGUUUCCUGUCUGAGGGUCUUUGUUUACACGUCUUAAGCAGUCAGUGUGUGGAGCACACCGUUCCCACUAGACAGCGCCCCUCUGAGCCGCAAGAGAACCGGGGGGGGGCUAAAAUUUCCACAGUAGCCCCUCGUGUUCUCUUCUUCCACCGAUACGCAUGCAAAAUUUUGUUAUUAAUUAAAAUGGGUGUGAUUUGGGGUGCAUGCACUGGAAUGACCUGAGAAGGAUCUCUAAAAGUGGCUUUCUGGACUGGUGAGGGAAUCCCUGGCUUAGAUCUGGUGUCCUAAACCAUUGGUUGCAGUUUGGACCACUCCGGUGCCUAGAAGUAUCCUGUGUUACUUCCAUUCAGUUCACUUGGACCUAAAAGCAUGGCAUGCUCACGAAAGCGUUAUUUUAUUUGAGGUGUUUGGCUCACAGUUUUGACCAUCCUGUCUGCAGGAUUUGCAGUAAUGACUCUUGGUUCUGGAUGCUCUGAUCUGAAAUAUGCAGAAUCAUACAUGAUGCUUUUGUGGGGGGCGCAGGGGAGAAGGAGCGAGAGCUUUUAAUAUUCUUUAAACGGGGCAUCCAGAAUCAUAAUUCCUUUUUUGUGUGUGUUCAGCCCCUCACAAGCAAGGCUGCAGCCGAAUUUCUUUCCAUAUAGAUGAAACUUAGUUGAGGAUCCAGUGGAUAAACUUUUCCCGUAGAGGCUGUCUAAGAGAGAUCCUUCUUCCCACACACACUUUGGUUAGCUUCCGAUCUGGGGGAGGGAAACAGCCAUUGAAUUGCCACAAAAUUAUUUUACAUUUCUGGCUUGGACAUGUCGUUACACAGACCGUUGAGCAUCCCACUUUCACAGCAAAUAAGACAAUCGUAUAUUUUAAAUCAGCAGGGUCCACCGGGAACAUUUCCCGGCUGAGCCUUGUUGAAAGAGGUGGAGAUCGUGCAAGAUCGUCAACUCACCAUUAUUUUGCACGCCUUCCAGUUCUUUCCUCCUAGUGGCUUGUGCUACAGUGGUGGGCAUUGGGGAUGAUGAGAAGUUCCCCCUAAAUCUUGCUUAAGCACCUUCAAUUAAAACCUUUUUAUUUCCCCCAAUCUUCAGGUUAUUGGGGUUAUUCUGUUCUUGGUUACGUAGUGAAACAAGGGAGAAUUAAAAAGAAGACCAAAAUCUCAAGUUCUACCUCCCUUUGGAUUCGAUUAAUUUGUCCCAGUCUUGUUACAGCUUCGUGAAGAAUCAGGAGGAGUUCUUUGAUGGUUAACACACGGAGGGCGACCAAAAGCAAAAACUUGACGGUGACUUGAGUAAUUAGCGUUUUAAAAAUAAUAUUUUGUUGUUCUCUGUUUCUAGCCUCUCCAGUUGCACUAGGUUGGAAAAUGACCACAAGCACUUUAGCUCAUUUUAGUUUAUUUCUGAUAUUUCAAGGCUGCUGUGUUUUGAGCAGGUUUUUGUUCGCAAUAUUUAAGAGAAACCUAUAAUAUUUUAGCAAUAUUUUACAAACACUUUACAAAAUAAUAAUAAAAAGACUACCUCUGAUAAUUCAUGGUUGGUA